AUGUCUUCCAGUUCAGACUCAUCAGCCGGUGGUGAACCACCAAUGACAACAACCUCGUCACUCGAACUUCCUGGCGCCACUUCAUUCGACACUUACCUUUGCGGGGCAUCACUCAGCUCUGCGGGCUUCCCACCUGUAGGCGGACGCACAGUCAAUACUGUCAAGGGCCUUUUGAGGGCAGAGCUUGAUGGCCAUGUCAUUGAUGAGUCUGGCCUUGCCCAGAUGAAGUUUACCGACUCCAUUUUCCGUGCGCUCAUCCCCGUAUCGACCUUCCAAAAUCAUCACGUCGAAAAGAUCAGGUACCACAAGAAGGAUGGCGCAUCUGUAUACAUACAAAACAAGUGGAAUUACAGCCGCAGGAAAAAGAGCAAGGGUUCAGGGAGGGACGCCACCGAUACAGACAUCGUUGACUCGGAUGAUUUGCGUGCAGAACUUGAGGCCUUGGAUUCUCAUGGUUCAACAAUCUUCUCCCAAGGGACCGACGGCGGGAGUGACGAUGAAUUCAAUGGCAGUGUAAAGGCAGGAUCAAAGAGGAAACGGAAAAAGAGUUCGACCGAGAGGGACUUACAGUACCUGUUCCAUGCUGUUCAGUGGGCCCUGCGUAAUCGAACUGGAUACGCGAAGAAACUUCCCUAUGAAAUUUCGCCCAUCGAGCGGUACUGGUCUGCCGAGUUUGCCAACUCACCCAUACCAGACCUAUACAACACGCAGAAGCCCGAUGUCGCCCUGUUCUAUUACAUGAACAAACAUGAGGAAAAGAGAUGGGUUGAUGUCUUGAGCUUCAUGGAACACACCUCCAGCAAUUUUGUUGCAUCUCCUGAUUUAUCAGUGUAUUGUGGAUCUACCACCAAGGUGUACCUCAUCAUGCGAGAACAACCGUGGCGUCGCUUCGUUCUCGCCUACUCCAUUUGUGCAGAAAAACUUCGCGCCCAUUAUUUUGACCGCUCGGGCCUCAUCAUAUCCCUUCCAACCCCCAUCCAUACACACCCAAUACGUGUCCUCGAGGCAAUAGCCACAACCGCGAUAGCAGAUCCGAUGUACUUUGGCCUCGACCCCACCAUCCAUAUGUGCAUCGUUGCUUGCAAGGGUACUCACCCCUCUCUGGCCGAGGGGGCGCAAGGAUGGGUUGUCAAUAAUAGCGGUAAAACGUACUCAAUCAUGGAUGUGUUAUGGAAGAGUCAGGGUUUCUUCUGUCGCGGAACGGUUUGUUAUCGCGUCAGAGAUCCUACUGAUGGGAAGGAUUAUGCGAUGAAGGACUGUUGGGUACCUGCGGCAAAGCGAUAUCAUGAAGCGACCGUUCUCGAGCGAGUCAAGGGCAUCCCUAAUGUUGUUCGACUCGUGGAUCAUUGGGAUGUCAUGUUUGACGGGAAGCCCGACUGUACAGCACAAAUUCGUGAUCGCUAUCAGCGGUUUGACCCAGACGAUAGAGAGUUCAGCUCUAGGAAGGAGCUGGUAUGCGCUUUUCGUGACUUUGUCAUUGCUCAUGGACUCAUGGUCGAACGUGGAGUUCUACACGGGGACCUCAGCCCAAACAAUUUUAUCCUUCACGAGGGUAUCGGGUACUUCAUCGAUUUCAAUCAUGCCGGAUUUUUAGAGGAAGGCAAGACGUCUACGAUUUCAUUUGGAACUGGGACUAUCCCAUACAUCUCCAUGCGCGUCCUUAAGAUGGUGUCGAGGAAUGCCGAGACCAUCAAAAAGACACCUGACUGUCAUAUUCCGUACCUGAAGCUUCUCGUCCGGUCCGGUCCAUCCGUUCUCUCGGUUCCAUUCUAG